GAAGGGGUGAACUACGUCUGUUUACACAAACCUUCUUCUUCUUCCAAACACUACUUACACAAUGAUGCUCCGAACACUUAUUUCAGCUUUACUCAUCCUUUGUUCCUAUUCUCUGCAUGGCCUAGCCCAACCUGGUGGAUGUCCUAGAUGUCCCUUAAUAUCAGCACCAGCUCGACCACGACCACCAGUAUACCCUCGACCACGACCACCACUAUACCCACCAGGACUUCAUCUCAUGCCUCGUCGCCCAGCAAACAAUCCUGGACCAUUGUCCAAUAGAGCCAGAAUUCUAUUCAUCACCCAAGAACUCAAAAGAAACAUCACCUAUGACCCACAAAACUAUACUGGCACUUGGGUUGGAAACAACUAUUGCCUUUUCAAAGGGUUCUUUUGUGACACUGUCCCUGACUUGAACAUCACUGGGCUCGCUCGCAUUACCUUCAAUGGCGCAAGAUUUGGUGGUACUUUCUUGAACUUUUAUCGCUUUAUUCGAAAUUUGCCAGACAUUGCUAUCUUCCAUGCCAAUUCUAACAACUUUAGUGGAGUUAUUAAUAGAAACCUUAACCAACUACGUUAUUUAUACGAGCUGGAUUUGAGUAACAACAGGUUCCUUGGAAGAUUUCCAUCUAAUGUCCUAGGUGCUACAAAUUUAACAUUUGUGGAUCUUAGGUUCAACACUUAUGUUGGGGUAAUCCCACCUCGGGUAUUCAACAUUGACACAAACGUGUUGUUUAUCAACAACAACAGGUUCAUUCAGAAAAUUCCAGCCACAUUAGGUAACACACCAGCUUUGUACCUCACACUUGCCAACAACAAGUUCACUGGUGAAAUCCCACGUAGUAUUGGCCGAACUUGGAACACACUACUCGAAGUGCUCUUCUUGAACAACAGGUUGAACGGUUGUUUGCCUUUUGAAAUUGGUUACUUGCAAAAGUCCACAGUGUUUGAUGUCGGUGGCAAUUUAUUGACGGGUCCAAUUCCACAAUCAUUUGGGUGUUUGUUCAAGAUGGAGUUACUCAAUUUGGCUCACAACCAGUUCUAUGGGACUAUUCCAGAAUCACUAUGCAGGUUACCAAAUGCGUACAAUUUUUCAUUGUCUUACAAUUUCUUCACACAAGUAGGGCCUGUGUGUAGGAGAUUGAUCAGAGCAAAGAGGCUUGAUGUGAGGAGAAACUGCAUUACUGGGCUUCCACAGCAGAAAUCAGCAGCUGAGUGUACACGUUUCUUUGCUAGGCCUAGAAGCUGCCCAAGAGAGAGUACUUUCAGCGUUGUUCCUUGUAGGCUUACUACUACUGGUGAGUCUUUGGAAGAAGAAGAAUUUGAGGUUAUUCCUACAAUUGAUGAAAUGACUCCACCUUCACCUACGACCUAUGGUGCGCUUACAAAGCCUCACCAUUGAUGAUUGGAAGGUAUAUAUAUUGUAGUGACUCGGUUCGUGACCUUUGUAAUAGAAUAAGAUUAUCCGAGUUUUUUAUUUGCUUUGCUAAUUAUGGCUAUUAUCAGAUUGUAAAAGUGUAAUUACGUUUUUUUUUUUUUUUGGGUGAAGGACGUUGCUAGAGAACUCAUGUUCUCUGGCAUCUAUGCUGCUAGAAGUCCUUUUCUUUCUUAAUUUUUCUCUUGGUCUUAUUUUUGCGAAUUCGGAACAUUGUGGUCUUUUCCAACAUUAUCGCAUUUUCUUGGUUUGCUAAAUAUUUUAUAUGAAAAUAAAACGAGGAUCUUUAUGUUUUA